GGGAAGAUCUUAGGUGACGGAGGGAGUAUAUAAAAGGGAUUUUGCCUCAACGCGCAGCCCGUCCUUCAUCUUCUUCGAUUGAAACCACCGUCACCAGACCCGUCUUCCUCUUCGAUCUGGCCGAGCAGCACCACGACGGUGGGGUGACGAACUAGAACCCCUGGCAACCCCAGCCCGCGACCACGGCGGCGAGGAGCAAUCUGACAGCGGGGGAACCAGCGACGAAUUCCGGCGAUCCAGCAGCGGCUACAGGGGGCGCGGGUGAUGACUCCGGCGAGCUCAUGGGCGGAGGCGAAGGACGAGGGGGCAGCCGGCGAACCAGCAAGCUCCUGCAAACCUGUUCCGACGAUCCCAGUUGUUCCGUCAUCUUCCAGCGGCGGCGGGAUGACAUCCAUUCCGGCGACAGAUCGCUCCGGCGAACUCCGGCCCUGGCGGUCAGAUUUGGCGAGUGAUUUUGAUCUCCGGACAGCUUCGGGAAAGUUCGGGCAACGGGGUUGAACUCCGUUUCAACGUCAUCGUUCGAUUGACACGCUCUUGAAUUGACUCAAACGAAUCGAGGUAAUCAUGGAGGGGUUGACUGUGAAAUACAUCCUGGAGGGCAGCGUGACGGAGGAGAUGUACGGAUGCAGGAUUUAAUAAUGUUUGAUUUAAUUAUAAAGCUUCCGCACUGUUUGUAUAAACUCCGAUAUGUAUUUUAAUGGUUUUGUAUUAUUUAGGUUUAGAUUAAAUGUUUUUAAUUUAUUGGAAACAUAUUGUAUGUGGAUAUCAAUUUAGUAGCAACCCGAUUCGCCAAUCUAUUAAUUCGGG